CCUUUUCUUUUUUUAAAAAAAAAAUUCGUCCAAUGGAAUUCUGCCAAAUCACCUCUUUUCCUUCCCAAUUUUCCUUACCUGAACCAAUUAAAUUAUGCCAGCUCAACCAAUUUCUGUCGAAAUUUGCAAUUUAAACCGUGGCCUUUUGAAAUUAUGCCACUCAAAACUUUCUUAAUUACUUCACCCAAAAAACAAUUUUGAACUAUGACCACCACCACCACCAGACCCGCCAGACCAGCACAAGAGUCCAGUAUUGAAAGACUGCAAGAGAAGGUUGCAGCCCUCACUUGAACUCCGAAAUACGCAGCUAGACCUUAUGGAUGCCAAGGAUGACCUGGAAUCCACUCAAUCGGAUCUUGACACAGCUCUAUCCAAUUUGGAAGAGAAAGAACUGGAGUUGAAAAACUCUAAACUCGCUCUUGCCAACAGUGAGUAUGCGCGCCAAGGGACCAAGGCGGAGCUUGAUAAGGAGUUAUCUAGCCACGCUGAGACUAAGCUCGAACUGCAGAACGUUAAAGAUGCCUUUGUCAACUGCGAGCGCGCACUCCAAGAAGCCAACCAGAAUCGAGUUUUACCGCGUCCAUCUAAAGACCAGGAGAUCUUUGUUGUUUUAAAGUUCCAGAAGCCUCAACCAUUGCCAGUUGGAGGAUUUCGCAUCUUUGCUCAACAACGGAAGCUUAUCGACGGUAGAGUCAAGCAAUUUAUUACCGACAACCCUGAGCUUGAUGCUAUUGAGGUUAAGGAGUUGCGAUUUGAUCCGUCGCCAAGAGGAGAUAAUGUCAUUCAGCAUAUGAGGCGCGACAAAGAUGCCCCGAUCAAGCUUAAUAACCGUAGCUUUGUACUUCGAAGCGAGAAUAACACUGAAGCUGAGAUGAUUGGGUAUAUCACAAAGGUUUUCCAUACCUAUACUAGGGACGGCCCAGCUGCCGCUGCCAGUCCAGCCACUGCCACCACUCCUGCUGUUGCUCCCAGCCCAGAAAGCGAUUAGCCUGAAGGCCCACAGCAUUCUGCAAUCCUCCAGCCCCACGCUUAGUGGAUAGGACCUUCGGUAGGAAAAGAAGACUGAGGAGGAGAUGAUCGAAUAUAUCACUCGCAUCUACAACACCAACACUCAAUGACCUCGCGCUGACUGCAUUAUAUGUUAUGCACUUUUUAAAAAUAAAGAACACAAG